AACACAAAUAUAUAUAUAUAUAUAUAGAUCGCGACGUACGACAACGUCUAAAAUUAUAUCUGCUAUUUACAUAGAGACGAGUUCUAUACUUCUCCGAGUUAUUUAAAUGGCAUCCAUAUUUUUAUCAAGUUCGAGGAUUGGUUUAAUAUUUAUUUAGACAUAUCCAUCGAAUCUAAUGCUUUAUCAACGAGAAUUGGAGACACAAUGAAGACAAUAAAUGGAUUAAACUUAAGCGGAUGGAAAAGCACUGAAGUCCGAGCAAACUUCAAGUUACUAUAGUUUCGAUUAUCUCCAUAAUUUGUACCGUUAUCAAUCGAUGAUGUCAACAGGCUAUGUUUAUAUCCACGUUUAUGUCAAUAGUAUUAAUUAUCUCUUGCGGAAAGGCUCGUCGCAUUAUUGAUGGACUCCGCGCGGACAGCAGCAAUUGGGAACCAUUUCUCUACGUGUCCAAAGACUUGGACGGCUCACCUAAUUAUGACAUAACGCAUUGGGUGCGUCAGUUGCAUCUACAACAAUGUGCUUUCGUAGAAAUCGGUGAAGGAUUUUGUGCUUUGUUCGUGGAAUUGCGUAGCAUUCCCUCUGAAUCCGAAGUCCUUGAUAAUUCCGGCGUGGGCGAAUUUUUUCUCGGGAUUUGUCCUUGCCUGACGCUUCACUCCUGGGAUUUGUGCUCGUCCGAGCUGUCAAGACGUAGGAAGGUUGACUGCACUUUCGCCGAGGCUACACCACGUUCGAACACCAGCGCAAGGGUGCAUAGGCGAUUAUGCGACGUAACGUUGCUCGGCGAAAAUGCUCCCGGUUGCAACUGCUCCAUUUCACUGGCUGGUCACCGACUGCAUAAGACAACAGGUUGCAAAAUGCACGAUCCUCGUGCACCUUUUACCCGACUCACAAGCAAACCUUUUGUUUUAAUUACGUUCAUCUAUCAACACUUUAUAUAUCUACCAGCGGUUUUAUAAUAAUUUCUCCGAAGUCAACAAUUGAGCAUUGAAAAAUUGUCUUUGCUCAUAUAACAAAUUAUU